AUUCAAACACACACACAUACACACACUAAUACUUUCCUUAGUUGAUAAAUUUAGUACCAAAAAAACUGUUUAAUUUUGUAACCAAAAUGGCUUCUUCUUCCCUUCUAAUUACCAUCUUCCUCUGCAUCUCCUUUGUCUUGUCGGUAAAUGCAAAUGAGGUUACCGUCGGCGGAAAAUCCGGUGACUGGAAGAUCCCUCCUUCCUCUGCUUACUCCUUCAACGAAUGGGCUCAAAAGGCUCGCUUCAAAGUCGGCGACUUUCUCUUUUUCAGGUACGAAGCAGGUAAAGACUCGGUGCUGCAAGUAGCACGAGAGGCUUACGAGAAAUGCAACACAACGAGCCCGAAAGCCAGCUACACCGACGGGAACACUAAAGUGAAGCUAGAACAAGCCGGUCCGGUCUACUUCAUCAGUGGAACAGAGGGUCACUGUCAAAAGGGUCAGAAGCUACGAGUAGUCGUCGUCACUCCUCGUAACUCUGCUUUCUCUCCGGCUCCUUCGCCAUCCGACGGUCCCGCCGUGGCUCCUACUAGUGGUGCUGCUAAGCUCACCGGCGUCUUCGGUGUCCUCGGCCUUGCUCUUGCCUUCUGUGCUUUCUUCUGAGAGAGUUUUUUUCUUUUAAAAUGGAAAGUUUAGUCGGAAUUCAAUUCUAUUUAUUAAUUUUCGAUUAGGAAGCAGAGAUCUUUGUUCUUUUGCUACUCUUGUUACUACUAAAUUAAUUUUAUUAUUUAUCGAAA